AUGUCUCAGGAGCAGAAGCAACAGAAGGGCGACCCUAUCUUGGAGGGCCAGGAGCCGGGCAUCCAGCGCGGAAAGAAGGAGAACGUCUGCCUCCACACCAGCUUCGAGGGCGACAACUCCCUCAUUGAGGACACCGAGCGCAUGAGCCGCAAGCUCUCGGGCGAGCGAGAUGAAGUCGUGCGGGGCGACGUGAGGGAGGGAGUUGAGACCCGCCUGCACACCACCACCGCCGAGCCUCGGUUCAACGUCAUGUCCACCACCGCCAGUGGGGCUGCGGACCUCCCCGAUACCAAGCUGGGCGGCGAUGUGAAACACCUCGGUGAAAGCGUGUUGCAUCACAAGACCAAGAUGGUCGGCAAGGAGACGCCGCUUGAGCCCAGCGUGCUCGACCCGGGCUUCACGGGCAUGACCGCCAACAAGUCAAGCAGCAACCAGUGA